AUGAUUCAAGGCGCCAUCGGCGCGCUCGGCGCCGCCGGGGCCGCGCACGCGAUCGCGCGAGGCGUCGCCCCCGGUUCGCGGAGCCGCGGGGCGAACAUUUUCUUCUCCAUCAUUCCUGUUCCCGAGCAGCUGUACGCGCGGUACAAAGACCUCGAGCUCAUCGCGUCGAGGCGAGUCAUCAUUUACGCGAGCUGGAUCUUGUACGGCGCCGUCCUGAUAUCGUUCGCGGGGUUGACGUACAUGUAUUUCGUCCAAGAGCUCAAUUACGUCAAGAUCAGUCCCGGCGAAGCGACCAUGGCGGGGUACGAGUGCGUGCCGCUCACCGGGGAUGAAUUCUACGGCAACACGUUCACCAAGGCCGAGUGCGAGAAGAACUGGCGAGAACCUUCCACGGAGUCGGUCGAUUUCUCCUCGCGCAACAUCGCGCAGGACUUCAGCAAGGACCCUCAGUUGGGAUGGACCACCGCCGACGGCGUCGGAAAAGUCGUGUACAACCCGUUCGCGACGCAAAAAACCGAAGGACUCGCCGGGGAUGAAGAAGGCAAUUACAUCCCGUUCACUGGUGAAGGAGGAGGAGGAGAUGGACAUUCAAGCAGUCGCCGCCUCCUCGCAGGCGGUGGACCGGGGUCGGGCGGAGGUAGUGGGAACGAUUGUGGCAGAUCAUUUUGUUCAAAUUUCAAUGUCGGGUGGCACGGCGACGACAACGUCAACUCGGUCGCGCGCAUGUCGAACGGCAUGUACAUACGAUGGGACAGUCGUACUUCGAAGAACUUCAUCGGAAUAUGCGCGCCCCCGCAGGAUAGCUCAACCAAUCAAAUCAAACUCGGCAGCAGUGAUACUCAGGUGACGGCCGAUUGCACGACCUCUACGGCCACCGCGGAUUGGAUACAGAUGUUCAAAGACCUCAUGACCACGUACGACGCGAUCAAGUGCCAUUACACGAUUAGAAAUCCCCCGUACGUGUGCUCGAAGAGCGAAGGCAACGAUUGGCCGAUGAUCCUGGCGCUCGCGAAUAACACGGCCGCGCUCCUGUACACCUUCCUCGCGAUCGCGCUCAUCAAGGCCGUGAAAGGGACGCCCACGGAACGCGGCGAGCUCAAACACUGGGUGAAAAAACUGCCGCUGCCGCCGGAGAUGUACAACGAGCGUUAUGACCUGACGUUCGUGACGAGCGAUAGGACCGCGGGGAUCAUCUCCUUGUUCCUGUACGUCGUUUCCGGCGUCUCGUUCGUGUAUUUCUUCUUUUUUUUCUCCGACCCGGGUAAUUACGAAAUUGGGGUGCUUCUUUCCGGCGUGCACGAGUUAGACGGAUACGAUUGCCGUCCCACGCAACCGCACCAAGGAUUUUAUACUAACCACACGUAUGCGGAAUGUCUUACGAAGAUACGAGACGUGAGCUUGGACACGGUUUCAUUCGCAACCAUAGAAGCCAGAGACGAAACGAACUUAGGGACACGGGUCUACAAUUCUCAGUGGCUGCCUUUCAAGGAGCAAGAUCCAGGUAAAGAUUAUAUGCUGGAUGAUUUCAGCGGACCGCCGCCGUUAAUCCCGGGGUCGAUUUUCGAGGACAUGACGAAGCCGAGUGAGUUUGCGACGUAUAACCUUGGGAGCACCGGUAUCCGCGCGUGGGAGGCGGCUGGGGAGAUCCAGACGUGGCGCUCGACGGAUAAAGGUCUUAACGCGACCGCGUUCGUCACGCGCACUAGCAGCUCGUGGGACGCGUCCACGAAAGCGCAAGCGGUAGAGAUUUGGGCGAAGAUGAAAGAGCACGCCGGAGACAAAAUUUGCGACUACACGAAGUCACAGCCGCCGUAUGUGUGCGACGAAAAAUUCGAAAAAUUCAGCUCAGAUAAGAUUCUCAACGCGGCGGCGCUCGCGUUCGGGAUGGCGCAACUCGUGUACGCGGUGCUCAGCAACAUCAUCGUGAUACUGUGCGCGGAACGAAACCGAAUGAGCCAGCGACCGAUCCGUUCGUUGAAGCCGGAUCGCACCUGGUUGUCUCGGAUCCCCGUCAUCGAGAAAUUUUACGAGCUCAACGCGUUGGACUUGAUCUCGACUCCCAAGGUCGUUUUCAUUACGUUCUUGACGAUGUGUAUCCUAGGCGCGGCAACGUUCGCGUGGACGUAUUUGUUAUACUCCGCGAAGCGAACGACGGAAGUCGUGGCGCUCGACGGGUACAAACUCGACGGGUACGUAUGCCAGCCGACGAUAACAUCAGAGUCCGGAUAUGGACCGCAGACCGCGGGACUGCCGCCUUGGUCGAUCCCAGAGUGCAAAGCGAAGCUGCAGAAGCCGGACAGGAUUAACACAGGUUUACUCGAUCUCAAGAAAUUCACCGGGACGACGUACGAUACCUGGACGAAAGGGUUUGGAGGAUGGACAUGGGGGCCGGGCGGAACGACUGCGGGUAACAAGAUCAAAAUGCAGGUCACCACGAAUAAAUACUCCACCCCAUACGAUCACAUCGUGAAGCUCCGACCGUGGGGGCGCGAGUACCAGAGCAUCGACUGGUAUCCCGGUUGCACGUCAGAUUGCGAGCCUCAGUGCACAUUUGCUUACGACAUCUCCGGCACCGGUAUCGUCGGCAUAAGCGGGAACAUUCAGGACGAUUGGCCCCAGAAACACUUCAACUGCAAACACAACAUGACCGCCGGCGACGGCUCCUCCAAUUUCGACGCGUGGUUCACGAGUUACUUGAACGCGAAAGCGUCGUCGUUUAACACCGGGACGUGUGCCCAGGACUCAGGGACGGCGAACAAUCGGGCCAUCACAUCUAACGUGUGCAUGAAUCUCAAAGCGGACCCCAUCGACGGCGUGCACGUGCACUACGAAAACCAAGACUCGAAAAACGAAGACGCGGUGAUCGCGUUGUUCACGCAGAUUUACGACGAGCUCGGCGAAGACAACUUGUGCGCGUGGGUGAAAGCGAUGACCCCGCAGGCGUGCUCGCGGGAAGUCGCGAUGCCCCUCCUCGAGGUUCUCGGCAUGGCGUUCGGGAACGCGGAGCUCGUCGUCAUGGUCUUCAUCACGCUCGCGCCGUUAUUCAUCAUGCAGUGCUGCGGCGUGAAGAGCACGUACCGGGACAAAGAAGGCGCAGAGCACGCCCCGGCGCCCGUCGGGAACAAGGUCGCGCCGGCGCAGACGCAGCGACCGAGGCUGAUCUCCGCGCCGGCGUACGCGUCUGCGCCGCCGCAGACGAUGUUCACGCCGGACGAGAACGAGGAUCGACAGUUCGAGGACCUCGCGCCAGAACACCAACGCUUCGCGGGUGCGUUGAUGGACGUGCGACGCGUGCGGUCGCGGAAGGAAUCCUCGUACUAGCGAUCGCGAAGGCCUUUCCACGCCCGAUCAUGUAUACGAAGGUAAGUUGUUACCGAAGGUAUCUGAUAGCAUAGUACGAAAGUACUUUCGUACGAAAGUACGAAAGUACUAUGAAGGUACAGUAGCCCUACACUACUGUACGAGUACGAGUACGUUUGUGUACUUCUCGCGAAAAGGGAGGCGAGAGGGCGAAUGAUUUGGUUUCUGUUAAUCUGUAUUAACUCUACCACUC